UCUAUCUGAUGAGUCAGUUGAGCAUUUUAGGGGAAAUACGUUAGCUCCGGUCGGUUUAAAUGAUUUAUGGGUUUAAAUCUGUGAAACAAAAUACCUAAACGUGGUGAAAGCAAGUAGCUAGUAACUGGCAGUAGCUUGUCCUUUGUUUGGCACAUCAUGGAAAUAACAGUUGAUCACAUUCGCAAUAAACUGACUACGGAAAUUGGCGCCGUGCAUGUGGAAGUGGAAGAUACGUCUCCCAACAGAUGCGCUGCCAGUUUCAAGGUGCUAGUGGUGUCUCCACAAUUUGAAGGCAAACCACUGCUGCACAGACACAGGAUGGUGAACACAUGUUUGGCAAAGGAGAUGGAGGACAUUCAUGCCUUUGAGCAGAAGACACUUACACCAGAGCAGUGGGAGAAAUUAAAAUCACAGUGACCUCUCAUUAGCAUGCACCAAUGCAAACGGUUUUCAUGGGUUAAAGUGAGGGGAAGGGGGGAAUUCACUAGGCUUCCUGAAUAUGUCUGCAUCCUAUAACCAUUCAUCAGAUUGAUGCCUUUUCUUACUGUUAAAUAUUGUAUGGUGUUGAAAGGUUUUUAUGGGGGUUUUUUUGUGCCUUUGAUCAUUCAUAAUGCAAGAACUGGCUGGAUUAAAAUGAAAUGCAAC